ACCAAUACCAGCUAGGACUCCUUUUCACAAAAUCAAGUCCGAUAUUUCAAAUCAGGCACUAAAAUAAUAUCUACUCUCAAUCACAAACUGAAUCCCGACUCAUCGUUUUGAUUUCUUUGCGCUAUCCAAUUGUAUCCAAAAGUUUUUCACUCUGCAGAUACGAUUUGUAUUUUUCUUCGAGUCACUUUUUAAUUAAUCUACAUGUAUUUAUUUUUUCUCAUUAAGGACAUUUUCUAUAGUUUCGAGGUUUGUUAGAAUAUAGCGAGCGAGCAUCGCCAUCAUCAUUGGAGGGGUAAAGCGCCGUUUUAUGGAUAUUGGAGUACGCAGACAAAAGUUCGAUUUCAGACAUUCCGUUACCCUGUCUGACAGAAAAAAAUGAAAUCUGCUGAAGAGGAUGCAUACAGCCACACCCCCAACAUCAGUCUCUCCCAGGGCAACCCCUGCAUGCCUUCCCAAUACCCCAGUCUCCAGUCUGGCCCCACCAUCUCAGUCUCCAUCAGCCAGCCUCCCAGCUACGGCGCCCACAACAACAUGAGGACAGUGGGUUACUACUCCUCCCCUAGCAUCCGUCCAAAUGGGGCGCCAGCCCUCGAGAGCCCUCGUAUUGAGAUCACAGCCUACGGGCAGUUUCCUGAGGACAAAGUUGAAGAGAGCAACAACCUUACUGUGGCUAAACGGGUCAACUCCAUCGUGACCCUGACGUUGCCCAAUGCAGAUGGCUACCGUGACCCCAGCUGCCUCAGCCCGGCCAGCAGUGUGUCGUCACGCAGCUGUCACUCCGAGGCCUCGUCCUAUGAGUCGGGCUUCUCCUACAACUACGAAAACUCACCCCAAAACUCGCCCUGGCAGUCGCCCUGCGUCUCACCCAGUGGCUCCUCCUCUCUCGCCCUUCCGGGUGAUGCUUGCGCUAAUGCGGGCUCCCCCCGGCACUCCCCCUCCACCUCCCCCAGCACCAGUGUAACGGACGACAUCUGGAUGGGCCAGCGGGGCUCCAGGCCCAACUCCCCUAGUGGUGGAAAGAGGAAAUACAGCUUCAACGGAACCACAACCUCCAAGUCCCCCUACUCCCCUAACCACUCCCCCGGGCCGUCCCCUCACACCUCCCCACGUCUCUGCGUCACAGGUGAGUCCUGGAUGCCUAACAACACCAACCAGUACACCAACUCAGCCAUAGUUGCAGCCAUCAACGCUCUGACCACAGACGGUGUGGCAGACCUGGGGGAGGGCAUCCCUCUGAAGGCCCGGAAGACCAGCCUGGAGCCUGGGGCAGUCUGCCUGAAGGUUGAGCCUGGAGGAGAGGAGCUCAGCCCUGGGGAGCUCGGUCAGGAUGAGUACCCCUUCUCCCGCAUGCCCUUUAAGAAGGAGAACUACUGUGGGGGAUUCCUGGAUGUGCCACAGCACCCAUACUCAUGGUCCAAGCCAAAGCAAUAUGUCAGCCCAUCUCUACCAGCCCUUGACUGGCAGCUGCCGUCCAGCUCCGGGCCGUACAGCCUACAGAUCGAGGUGCAGCCCAAAUCUCACCACCGGGCCCACUAUGAGACCGAAGGGAGCAGAGGGGCAGUCAAGGCUCUGGCAGGAGGACACCCUGUGGUGCAGCUCCAAGGCUACAUGGAGAGUGAGCCCCUGACCCUGCAGCUGUUCAUUGGUACGGCAGACGACCGUCUCCUGCGGCCCCAUGCCUUCUACCAGGUCCACCGCAUCACCGGCAAGACCGUCUCCACCCCCAGCCAUGAGGUCCUGCAGUCCAACACCAAGGUGCUGGAGAUUCCACUGCUGCCCGAGAACAAAAUGCGCGCCAUAAUUGACUGCGCUGGCAUCCUGAAACUCCGCAACUCGGAUAUCGAGCUGAGGAAGGGCGAGACGGACAUCGGGCGUAAGAACACACGUGUGAGGAUGGUGUUCCGGGUUCACAUCAACCAGCCCACAGGAAGGACAUUGUCCUUGCAGGCUGCAUCCAACCCCAUAGAGUGCUCCCAGAGAUCAGCCCAGGAGCUGCCCUUGGUGGAUAAGCAGACCUUGGAGAUGUGCCCUGCUGCUGGGGGAGAGAGGAUGCUCCUCAGCGGACACAACUUCCAGCACGACUCCAAGGUGGUGUUCGUGGAGAAAGCCCAAGAUGGCCAUCACCUAUGGGAGACAGAGGCCAAGGUUGACAAGGACUCCUGCAAGUCUACAUCUCUUCUCAUUGAAAUCCCUCCUUAUCGGAACCAGAGGAUAUCCAAUCCUGUUCAGGUGAACUUCUAUGUGUGCAAUGGCAAGAGGAAAAGGAGCCAGUACCAGCACUUCACCUACAUGUCUGCCAAUGUUCCAAUUAUAAAAAUGGAGCCGAAUGAUGACUACGACCCCCCUCAGGUGUGUCCCCAGCGUGGCCCUGGCCUGGCGCUUCGCACCAAGCCCUACUACACCCCACAGGUUAUGACCUCCAUUAUACCCACAGAACUCCGGCCAUGUGUGGGGGGUACCUACUCCGCCUGCCAACGGAGACUGGGAGGGAAGCCUUCCUCACUAUCCUCCUCAUCCUCCCCCAGCACCAGUCCCAAACUGCAUGACCUGUCACCCACAACGCCCUUCUCCAAGUGCCUGUCAGCAGGCCCAUCCCAGUCUCCGAUCCCAGAUGUCUCCAUCAUCCAGGAGAGUUCUGAAUGCUACCAGCCGCAAUCUGUCCUCUAUCCACCCAGUAGUGCCUCAUCCUCACCAGGCUCACAGCCCUCCACCCCUGACACCAGCGGCCCGGAGGCCCCGUUCUCCCCCACCCACUGCCUAACGCCGCCCCAGCCCAUCAGUGGCAGCUCCAGCCCAGUGACCCAGUUCUCCAAAGUGCCAGAGAGAGGCAGCCGCUCGUCGAGCCCCACGCUGGCCAUUAACAUCAAACAGGAGCCAGAGGAACUGGACCAGAUGUACCUAGAUGAUGUUAAUGAGAUCAUCAGGAACGACCUCUCAAGCAUCUCUGUCCACAGUCAUGCGUAGCACCACUUUAAUCAUGGACACAGGAGGACUGAAGCAGAAGAAAGGGAAAGACCAUACUGUACCAAUAAUUUUACAACGUCUGCAUGCUUGGACUACAGUAUGCAGGAAGCCAAAAAAACAACAAAGGGGAACAGAGAUUGAGCAUCUUGAAGAUUAUAAUCUAAUGUGUGCCUUUCAGAAGAUGCCGUUUCAGAAGAUUCACCAAUGUAUACAAAUUGAAGAUGAAAUGAAAUGGCUGAUCUCUCAGAAAAUAAAAACAGGCGUACUAUGCAGCACUGCACCUUCCAGCCUCAACCCCAAUAAGUAUGCUUUUUAGUGGACCAAGAAUUUAGUUUUUCGUUUACUUCUGUCUGCAGAUAUUGUAAAUGAUUCAGUGCCUAAGUGUACAUUUUGUGUACAAUGCUUCAGAUUGUUUUGUGUAUCUGGCUUUCAAUGAAAUGAUUUCAUCCAAAAUAAGUGCCUUUGACUGGAAAUAGGAAAUGAUGAUAAUUAAAGGGCGACUGCACUUCCUGAUUUAGCCUUGUUUUUCAUCAAUGCUCAUAAAGAAAUGCUAGCGGAAUCACAACAAACAAACUAGCUUUGCUAUGGAGAGAACAACGUUUGAAGUUGAGGACUUCUCCCCUCCUGACUGACUGGACCUUCUCAAGAUGGUCAGCUAAUUCAGUUCUACAGUUUGUGUGAGCUUGUGUUUAGUCAAGCUGACAGCAGCUAGCGUAGCUUGGUGAUAGGAUAGCCAGCUGCAGCUAUCUAGCUAAUAUUUCUCUGUCAAAUCAGUUAUGCCAAGAUAGCAAGUGCCAGUGUCUGGAAUGUGUUUCAUAAGGCACUCGUUCUACAACACCUUGCUACGAAAGUAGCUUAGAACUUAGUUUCAGUGUUUCGUCAAGUCAUGUAAUGCAUGUUACCGUGGAAAUGGUUUAAACCGAGAGUUGAACACCUGGUCUUAAGUCAGCUCAGCUGUCCACCAACACAAUAUUCUAUAACUGGCUAGUUUUGUCUCAUCUCUCUUUGUGUCCACUGUUACAUCUUUCCCAGGGGGACAAAUCCCAAAACUACUAAUAUCCCUACAACAGGUGUCACCUAGCCUAAAUCUUGACAUUGCACAAAGGGAUGAGUUUGUGUUACAAAGACAAAGUAUUGUAUAAUGUAGAUAUCAUAUUGAUGUGCCUACACUUAGCUAGCAAAUAAAAACAAGUUGUGUAGAGUACAACUUCAGCUGUCUAAUCAGAAUGGCAUUCUAUUUGGCCAAAUCUAAGGAUUUGGCUGUCUAACCACACACUGACAUGCAAAACUCUGGGUGAGGAGGUCCCUUUAAUAUAUGUAAUGUAUUACAGGUUAUAGACAAGUGCAGUUAGGGGGCAGGAGGGGUGGAGUGCAUGACACUCCAUCCUGGAUAUGACAGAGUUUGCCCAAUUCAAAGCUCCAUCCAGGAGCCUACAGAGUAAUAUGAGAAGAGUGCAAUUGUUAAACUUAUGUAGAUAUUCUAAACAAAGUGUUUUGAUAACUUUCAAGUGUAACAGUUCUAUGUAUAAUAAACCAUACUUCACAUAAUACUGUAGAAGAAGUGUUCUGAUAAUGUGCAAAUAUUGUACCUUCCUUUAUGGUGUAAGACAAAAGUUCCCUGACAUGUUUGAAGAAUACACAGGGUCCCUCCCCCCUAUUGAUAGUACCAUUCAAUUCAAAAGUAACAAAAUAUGAUACAAAGUAAUAGAUGUGUAUAAUUGUAUAAUUUUAAUGCUGAGUGCAACGUCUCUCCCAAUUCAGACAUCAGUGUCAACUUGUCUUUCAGUCAGAGGACUACAUUUCAAAAGCAUCUCUUCUGCCGUUAUUUCACGGUUGAACAUAGCCAUAGCCAAUCCUGAUUCAUAGCUAAUUCACAAGGGACACGUGCCAGCAUGGCACUGACUGGUUGGCAUUACUCACUGGGGCCCAGGAGUAGUCCAUUGGCACAGUGGAAGGGGCCACCUCCUUACAACAUACUAUACAUGGCACUCAUUGUAUUAUGAAUGGUGAUUAGGUGAAUUUCAGGACAGAUAGUAAUUUUGACCAUUGACCAGACCAAAUGUGACCCCCAUUACUCUGAAGCAGGACUGGUGCCUCACCACUGCCUCAGCCUUCUGUAACAGCUCCUAAUAUGGUAUGGGGUUACUCACGAAGCUGCUGAACAACAAAUCCACCAGGUUUUGUAUGUAGCCUGUGAAUGGAAUAGCGAGAAACAUAAGGUUCUCUAGUUUGUAAGUAAUUUAUAUGCUAAUAGAGGGACUGUGACUACGGAAUAGAUUCAGGCCGGUGACGCUGAUGCUAUGCAACCAGCAGUCUACAUUGCUGAAUGUUUACUGUUAUGUUUUGCUAUUUGCUGCCAGAGCCAUAGCUAUAUUUACAGUAGACAAGUGCCAUCCUACAUUUAUUUUUGCCCUAGAGCAGACAUGAUAAACUUUUAUGAGAACAGGCAUGUUGUUUUGGGUUAUCAGACAAAGCCCCCGAAUGCUAGCUAGAGACCUAACUUGCAAAUCCGGGUUAGUUAUCAUAUCUUUGUACGAGUUUCAAUGAAUUGGCUAGCUAGCUAACGUAACAUUAGCUAUGCAGUUCGAGUUAAAACAUGAUUGAAAACAAGCUGGCUACAUCCUAUGAUUGACUAACAAGCUAGUAUCCAAGUGCUUGCCCUGUUAUUGACCCUAAAUGCCAAUGGGCUAUCUGUUGUUACCAAGGUAGCUAGCUAAUGUGAGCUAUGCACAUCUUCCUCUGACAUGCUGUACAUCACAUUACACGUUAGAGUAAUGUAUUUAUCUAGUUACAGUAUCAUUCCCAUUUCAUCUGUGGUAUCACAGCUAGCCUGGCUCGCUAGCAUUAUCAAAUCAUGUUUUAUAAUAGGGUGUCCUGCCCAGGGUGGGUGAAAACAUGCUUUGUUGAUGAAAUUUCACUUCCUUAUGUUAUAAAAUACAUUUUACCAAGACAAAUAUGAUUACUUAUGUUCUGAAUCGUUCCAUGGGGUCUUUCUCUAACAUGAGUAACCUAAUACAUCCAAUAAUAAGCACCGAGCUCUGUUGACAUAGCGGUGAAAUAAAUAUUAAAAGCUUUGAAAAUAAAAUGCUUGGUAUAUGCUCAGUGACAUUUCACAGAGAUACGUUUGUUUUUGUGAGAAAUCUUUUUUUUUUUAAAUAGGAAUUUCGAAUUAAUAUGAAAAGCGUAUACUAAAAUAUGAAAAUACUACAUGCCAUGUCUCAAAAUCAAUAUCCAUCUUACCUCUAUAUUGUUUAAUGUCCUGCGGAUUCGAGAAAAUAUAUGAUUUCAACAGGAAAGUGAGGUAGCCAGUAGCCUUAAUUCUUGCACAGAAUCCAGCCUAGAUGACAAUGGAAUUUUCCAAACUUUAGACCACUUUUUUUCUCUGGCCUCCAUUGAUUUAGACAUCCUAAUAUUGGCCAUCCUACAAGGGAAAAAACACCAAUAACUUUUGAACGGAUUGUGAUAGAGACAUGCAGUUUGAACCAUUGGUUUCAUUAAGAGGAUUAGCUACACAAUUAGCAACACAAAUACAACAUUAGUCAAAAUAUGGCAUUUUUCACACCCUAUGUAUAACCAAAAAAAGCUACUAGAUAGCUAGUACCACUUAUCUAUUUAGCUAACAUACUCACCAACACUAGUCGUUUGACGGUUGACAGGCAGCAGAAUUGACUGUGUCGGGUACAAUCUAUUCCUGGUAAUCUGGCAAUAUUGUUGAAAUGCAUUGGGAGUUUGCAGCAACUUUAUGGAAGCCUAUUUUCACUCCUGUUUGCUGAGCGAAACGUGCGUGUGUUGUAUCCAUAUGCAGACUUGACAUCAAAUGUCCACAUGGUACGACAACGUGUUCUCUCUAGGCAAUUGGGCAUCAUCUACAAAAGUGGCCAUGUAAGUAAUCCAUACCCAACCCCCUAGUAAGUUGUGACGAACGCACUUACAGUACUCUGUUUUGGACGAGACUGACUUUAUAAUAAAAAUUAUUCUAUUUACACUUUGCACUCUAUUUUGACACUAGAAUGAAUUUGACUCAUCGAUGCCACAUAGGCCGUUUAAAACCAGUGAAGUUGGUUCCAAGGGGCAGUUGACCUUUAAGCACUUGUUCACACUCACCAAUGAUAGCAUUACCUGCAUGUUCAAUUUGACUUUUGAUCUGUUGUUUAGUACAGCUUUGUAUGUUUGUGACUUGAGCCAUCUCUUCAUGUCACCCAAAGACUGAGAAAUGGCAUCAACAUUGAGUCCUUGAGUACAGUGAGUUAAAAGCACAUGCCUUAGAAAAGACAAAGACCUCAAUCUGCUCAGGUGUAUAUUUAUUUUAAGGAAAUACAACUAGGGCAAUGUGUUGGCUAUGUUGUCAAGAGGAUUUUGAAGAUAUUCAAGGCUAGUGCCUUUUGGAAGGCCAAAAUUUCAUCUCAAGUCUCUCUGUCCUGUUGGGACAAUGCAAUGUUUGCAUUUCAUAUGCUUGAUUAGCCAAUAGUCAGCCUGUGAUAAUAACUCUGUUGCUUACUGGCCAAUGCUUGAUUUGCUUCUGCUUCAUAUGGUUGCCAUAGGCUAACUCAAAUGAAUUUCCUUUACAUAGUUAUUACAUAAUUGUGUAGUUCUUGUCUACAAGAUACUGAGGGAAAGAAUUAUGCUUGAAAAAAUAUGUGAAUGGGAUAGAGCAUAUACAGCAGGUUUUCGCCACACUAAUCAUGCCAUCCCUGAAAUUCAUUUUUUUUGGUUUCGCUUGUACAAACAGUGGAGAAAUCUGGUAAUACGUACAUUAGCAAUCAUUAUUUUAUUCAUAUGAAAGGAAGAAAUCAUCUCACUUUGGUUAAUUUGUCAAUUAGAAAAUAAUUACUGGAUACCUAUGCAAUAUGCUGGUAUAGCGUUUGUUUCUCAAAUAAUGUAUACAUUUAAGACUGUAAUAGAAAAAGGUGUCUCUUAUGUACAUGUAUUAUUUCCUUUAAUCCAAAGAAUUGGUAACAAUGGUGAAAAGCAAUAUUCUCAUGUAGGAGAUCCAAAACUUUUACAUUUUUCUAUAAGUAUGUAUUUAUUCUUAUAGCAUGUACUUUGUUUAUUCAAGUGUUUCAUGUAGCUCCUCAUAUUACCAAAUGGUUAACUAUAUAAUACACUACAAUAUAUAGUAUUCUAAGGUUCAGUUUGUAGAAUGCACAAUAGUUAGACUGAACAUACAUACAUGCUAAAUAAUCAGAUUUUUGCUUCAUUGUAUCAUUAGCUUGCAUAAGUUCCCUUAUUACAACUGCAUUUAUUUCUGCUCUUUUAUAAUAAGUCUUAAUCCAUGAAUUUAAAGGGAAAUUAACAAAGCCAUGAAGCCAUGUUUACUGAAAAGUUGACUAUUAUAUUGUUCAGAUAUGCAGAUUCAUUGUUCAAAGUUUUUUUUGUGGGCUCCAAUUCUGCUUCAUGUACUGUAUGUAUUGUCAAUAAUAAAUACCUUCUUUUGAA